UGGCAAAGGACAGUUUUUACAUGCUCUCUCUCUCCACUGUGCCUGGGUCUUUUCCGCCGCAUCUGCACACUCUUCAUAGGUUCUCACUGGACAGGGAGCUACAUUUUAGAGUACAUUUUAGCUGUAUAAAUGGGCGCGUGGGUGCGCGUCUGUGGGUAGGAAGGAAUUAGACUUCCAACCUGAUCUCUGUAGCACUUCAUUUCCAAAAGCAGCUGGCUGCGCUCGGGGUAGCCGAGGAGGGUUGGGCGCGGUUCUUUCUCUUCGUAUCCGCCACUGCGAAUGGUCGGUAUAUUCCUCAGCGGGCCAUCCUGCGAUUAUCGUAAAAUAGCAACCCCCACGCCCGCCCCGCCGCUAUGGAGCCCGAGGGGUCGGCAAGACGCAGAGGAGAAAAGCGAAAGAGAGUCGUGUUGACGUUAAAGCAGAAAAUAGAUAUCUGUGCCCGUCUCGAAAAGGGCGAGAAUAGGAACGUUUUGAUGCGCGAGUACAACGUGGGCUCUUCCACGAUAUACGACGUCAAGACUCGGAGAGGACAGUUGCUCAAGUUCCUCGCCGGCUCCGAGUCGGUCAGAGCUGUCGAGCAUCGCCGUAGCCUGCAUGCGCCUAAAUUAGAGCAGCUGGACAGUGUUUUAUAUGAGUGGUUUUCAUUGAAACGGUCGGAGGGCGCUCCCAUCUCCGGCCCGAUGCUCAUUGAGAAGGCGAAGGAUUUUUACAGGCAGAUGCAGUUGAUGGAGCCGUGCGUGUUUUCUGACGGAUGGCUUUCCUGUUUCAAGCUCCGGCACGGCAUUAAAAGGGUCGAGUUCCCCCACGAGCGGAAUUCGGCCGAUCACAAGGCCGCGGAGCGAUACUGUGGAUUUUUUAGGACUCUGAUUGCCGAGCACGAUCUUUCCCCCGAACAGAUUUACGAUGCCGACAAGGCAGGCCUCCUCUGGCGCCGUCUGCCUGGUUCUACCCUCGCGGGGACCGGCGACCCGAACGCUGCUAACUUGAGGCGGAAUAAAGAGCGAUUGACGGUUCUGAUCUGUGCCAACGCCACGGGCUCUCACAAAAUCACACCUCUGGUGGUCGGAAAAUGCAGUCGUUCUGGAGCCCUCAAAGGCGUCCCCCACUUGCCCAUGGUGUACAAAGUCCACGGAAACGCUCGGCUGGACGGAGAAAUCCUUCACGACUGGUUUCAUCACAUUUUUGUAGCCGCGGUGAGAGAACACUUUCGAAGGGUAGGCUUACCUGAAGAGAGCAAAGCUAUCCUUUUGCUGGGAAGUGACCGAGGUCACCCUCGGGAGACGGAGUUAGCAUGGAACAUAUUCACCAUCUUUCUGCCCGGGAGUUUCACCCCGCUGGUCCAGCCUAUGAAACAGGGCGUGGUCCGAAACGUGAGGUGUUAUUACAAAAGGGACUUGGUGAGGAAAGUGGUCAACCACGCAGGUCCACCCCAGGACUUCGAGGGUCGUUAUAACGUAAAGGACGCCAUUUUUAACGUGGCCUGUGUGUGGCAUUUGGUUAAAAGUGGAACGCUGAGGAGAGCCUGGACGCAAGUGUGGCCCAACCCCACGGUGGUGGACGCCUCCUCCGACGAAGAUGGAUCCGGAGAGCGGUGGAAAAGACGCCCUAGCGGAAAUUCUCCAAACGGUGAGGGACACCCCUCCGUCCCAUCUGAUCAGCGCGCUGCAAGAGAGCGAGAUCAGAGAGUGGGUGGAGGCAGAUGGAGAGGUGGAAGCCACCCAGGCGGUGCCCGGACCGGGGACGACGAAGAGGUCCGAGGGGGCGGCGGACACCGACGGGGCCGGCGUAGAGGGUUUCGGUGACGAGGACAAGGUCACUUGGAGCGAAGCCACCUCAACCUUCGGUACGCUCAUCAGGUUCACCGAGAGGCAGCCGUGCUACUCCGCCCAAGAGGUCCUGCAGUUACACGUCCUGCGCUCCGCUUUCAUGCAGAAAAGGCAGAAGAUGAGUAAGCAAGCUGACGUCAGAGAGUUGUUCACCAAAGCCUGCCAGAGAGUCGCCCCACACUCCGGUUGAUAUCCUGAGCCAUCUACGUCCGUGACGGGGGCUACCAAGGUGCGGCCCCCAGCCGGGACUUGCAGUGGUGGAGCAAUAAUGGGGUUGGCUGGACUUAAAUAGGAGAAGAACCCUGACGAGUGUCGGAGGUAGCAACGCCGGGAAAGGGGUCGGGAGGAACUAUGCGUGUUGGAAACGUGUUUGUGGCUCCCCGCUGGUUUAUGACAGGUCGUCCCACCCGCUAGUGACGCCCCUGCAUGGCAUUCAUUUUCUGAACUACUUGAGCCGUGAGGAGGACCCCCAGGCACUGCCAGACCCCUUAAGUGUCUCCUGAAAUCUCAAAUGAACGAUUAUGUGACUGUGUACUGGUUUUUGCUCGUUUAAGCUUGGUUUAAGUGGAUUGUCGAGUGGGGUGCAGGCUAACGAUGCAAGCGCUGGUAUGAUGUUUUAUCCUCAAUUGUGGUAACAACCUCUUCGAAACAAUUUACUGCAUGUACAGUGUGACGUUCCGUUGAUGAAAUACGGUCACCUCCGCUGUGACACAGCUGCGUGCUGGAAGAACCCUGCGUUAUGGGAAAGUCGUGCCCCAGCGCUUGGUACAGUGCUCUGCAUCCAGCAGAUGCUCAGUAAAUACCAGAUGCUCAGUAAAUACCAUCAAUUUGAUAUAGUAACCACCAGUUUAAAGGGAUGGGGUAGGCUGAUCAAAGAUACCGCAGUGCCGGAAAUAUUUUUGAUCUGAGUUGCCAGAUUGUUGAUAAGUUCACCACUGGCUGAGUGCUCUAUACUUUUACCGGUGACCGUUAUUUUGCUGUAUUAAAUACUGUAAAGUGACUAAAACACAAGCGCUGUUCUCACCAGUAUGGCCGAGGCAGAGGCUGGGAAGUGGAGUAGCAUAAUCCCUCGACCGAACCCACGUAACAGUGCCCAGGUGUUUCUUCCCUCGUCGGAUCACCUGCUCACGUUCUAUUUUCCCCGGGCUCUUACUGUGAAAAGAAAGUGCCCUAAUUCUUCCAUAGGGUCACAGUCCUACCGUGUGCUGGAAGCACAUGUUCUAGCGGAACGGGAGGUGCGGUUGAAGGAGAUUUUUAAAAAGGCCGCCCCCAGUCCCUGGAUUGCCGGCUAACAUCGCUCUCACUGAGUUUACAAUCCCCGCCGCCCUCUUUGGGAUGCUUAGACGGAUUUCUCGGAAGCAUUUUUGAAGACAGGAGGAAUCCCCGUGCAACUGUGUCGUUACCUCCCCCGAGCCCCCAAAGAGACAGGCGCCUGAAGGUGGUGCCUACAGGCGGAAGGGCUGACCAGCUGAGAGAGAGGACUGGAUGCCCCAAGGAAUCCACACUCCUAAGCAAGCAGGGCUCACCAUUCUCCAGGUGUUCCAGCCGGACUGUCUCAGCAGCCAAAGCAGGAUCUGCCCUACCUGGAGGAUCUGGAGGCCAGGCUGGGGAAAGGACGGACAGAGGAGGAUUUCAGAUGGCGUUCUAGAAGGGAGCCAUGGCGUUAUCUCCUGGGAAUUCGGAAACGCUUAUCGCUCAGGGACCUUUCCCAGAUGGUGAAAUGCAGGACUCCAGUGGACAAAGUAGUCCUUCUAGGCCUACCUCUCCCCCGCCCUCCACCUAUCCGUCAGUAACGCCUCUGCAACAAAUCAUCCUCAAACACCUUUCGCUGGGCCCUUCGUUUAGGGAUGCGCUGAGCGAGCCAAGCGACUGAGAAGCAACACAACCCCUGUGGAUAGAACACAGGACUGGGAGUCAGAAGGUAUCUGGGUUCUAAUCCCGGCUCU